UGUACUUCAAUGCAGUCGGUUCAGCUUCAGCUUUGGCAAAAAUGCUCCACGAGUAACACAACGCACACCAAAUACGAGCUAGAGACCUGAGGCAGCUGAGGCAGCAACAUCCAGGCAACAGGUUGUGUCCGUGUCCGGACAGCAUUGAAUCUAAGGCUAAUUAUAGGAGCCACAAUAAAACCAAUAACAACAGCAGCAGCAGUAACAGCAACAACAACAACUAAAGAACGUCUAAACAGCAAUAGCAACAACAACAACAACAAUUGCUGCAAUGCACACACAUAAAAGCCAAAGCAAUAAAGUUCGCUCGAACGGUCAGCUCAUGGAUAAUGGCAAGGACAUGAACAUGGCGGAGCCCCAGAUAUCCUCCCCGCUGCAUGGACGGGGCUGUUAUUUCUCGCUGGCCUUCUCCAUUGGCUCGAUGGGCUUGGCCUGUGGCAGCCUUUUGCAAAUACCAAAUACGACAGAUCGAUUAACGCUGCAGCGCGGCCUCUUCCUCUUCUCCCUGGGCUUCAUUUACUUCAUCUCGCUAACGGACUUCUGCAACAAGUACCUGCUGGAGACGCCGCACGGUCUGCAAUUCCGCAAAAAAUAUCGCCUAAUGUUGUCCGAUGUCCUCGAGAUAACGAACAAAAUUGUGUCUGCCAUCCAAGCUUCCUUCUCAUUCCUUGUCGGCCUGAUUGUUUGCAAGUCCACGUGCAGCAAAUCAUUUGUCUAUGCCUCCCAUUUUCUAAUGGAAGCAUAUGGCUGGUUUGGCACCGCCUACUUCAUGUACGACAUCUGGUCCAUGUACAAGGUGCACACACAAAAGAUUGCCGACAAGCUGAACUUGAUGCGUCUAACCAAAGCGAAGGCGGCGCCACUCAGCAAUGGACAGGCGCUCUACGAUAAGGCCGCCAAGGCCGGUGGCGGUGCGGGCGACGGCAUUGGAGCCAACAACAAUGGCACACCGCCAUUAACGUCGCACGAGAUCUACGACUAUGAUGGUGCCUGUGUGGAAAUACCCAAGGAUGGACGCUGGGACUUUCUUAAAUAUGUUGUAACGCAUCCUGUCAUGAUGAUACAUCACGUUUUUAUUGGCACAUUCGGCCUACUGGUCGUAACGUAUAUACGAGGUGGUGGCCACUGCAUCUACAGCUACAUGUACAUGAUGGAGUUCUCCACGCCAUUCGUCUCACUGCGCAGCGUCCUGAGCACCAUGGGUCUGAAGGACUCCCGGGCCUAUAUUGUCAAUGGGCUGCUCAUGCUGGCCACAUUCUUUGUCUGUCGGGUCGGCAUGUGGCCCUAUGUGAUGUGGCGCUACAGUGUCGUCAUUGAUACAUCCAUUUGGGCGGCACUAUGCGGUUUGCCACGCGGCUGUCUCAUCGGCAUCGCCAUAUUGUUUCUACCGCAGAUCUAUUGGUUCUAUCUGAUGGUCAAGGGUGCCCUCAAGGUACUGCUACCAAAGUCAAAGCCGCGCACGCUGCCGGCGUUACAGAAUGGCAACAGCGAGUGCCGGAAGGGGCCAGAGAAGCCGCCCAAUGUCCUUGACGCCCAGCACUCUAUGCGACCCACCGCUAAUGGCAAAAAUUAGUGCAAAUUCUUGUUUAUUAUGAUUAUUAUUACAAAUAUUUCUUUUAACCUCUAAAUGUAUGCAAGCAGUUAUGCAGUUGGAGAACCGGUAGGGAGUAGGUUCAGUCGGUUGACAAAACUGAACAAUUUUUUUUUUGUUGCUAAUUUAUCUUCUAUGUGGCAUGACUGUAUUCGAUUUCAGUCCUUGCUGCAAUAUUUUGCUUUACAAAUACAUAAUAAUUGCAAAUACAAUAUCUCUCCAUCUAUAUAUAUUUGUACAAAUACAUGUAUCCCCCAUAUAUGUAUAUAUAUAUACCGGUAUAUGUAUGUUUAUAGCAUCAGCAGCUAUACAAGUACAAGCCAGUCUAACAGUAGGAUCAACAACAGCUGUACAACCAACAAAGACAGACAGAUAGACACACACACACAUACACGCUUAGUUGUAUUUUGCAUAACUAUAGUAACACACCUACUAUAUAACCACAAUAAAAAUAAUACUAAUUGAGAAUCAAAAUAAACAAAAACUCGUUGCUUAAUUUUUAAGCAAACCCCCCGAAACUAAUAUGUAUAUCGUUUAUUUUAAACACAACUACUACCCAUAAAUAUAUACAUAUAUAAAUGUCGGUCUACCAAUUCCAAUUACCAAUAUUAAUAAGCUUCCAGAGCAUUUGGAAUUCAAUGUUAUCAGUGCAAUAGGAAAACUACGGCUGUGCUCAGACAUGCAAAUAAUUUGCAGGCAAGUAGGCUUUAAAGAAAGUCUAUCCUACUGAAAUAUUUGGUAUUUCUUAAUGGCUUUUAAUGGAAAUAAUUUUAUUUUCACAGAUUUUGACAGCUUUGUGUGCAAACUAUUUGCCUGUAUGACCACCAUUGAACUUUGACGAUCAAAAAACAUAUAUUUUCUAUCUAGACUUUCUUUAUUUAGCAUGUAUUUUUGAUUUCAUUUUUGCUGAAUGUAAAUUUUUCAACCCUAAACCCAUUGCGAAAAAGCAAAAUAAAAAUUUGUAUAAACACCAUAAA